AUGUUCGCGACUCUUCGCACUGAGGAUCGGCACGGAGAGGUCGUAUGCAUAUCGAGCACGAAUCGACCUCCGCAACCUGGGCAGAACCAGAAUCAUUUUGCUUGCGACGGAUGUCGAGCAAAGAAACCUAGACGACGAAAAGUCGACAGAACAUCAGCACUUGACAAUGUGGAAGCAGCAAAGACAACUGUGGCGGCUCAGACGAUCAUCACAACAUCAGCUGAAGGAUUCAGAUCUGAACAGUUGUUGCCAGCUGCACAUACACAAUCAGCCAGAGGAUCCCAGAUCGGAGAAUCCUUAGUCCAAGCACCUGGAUUCAUCGACUCGAGCCAAUCAUCCGGCUCCCAAUCAUGCGAGCUGCUGCCCGGCACAAGUCCUGAUUUCCAAGAUUUGGACUUACCAGACUACAUGGAGUCAAACACGAACGAUUUUGAUAUGGAUGAGCUGCUUGAUGUCCAUGGGGCUUUAUCGGAGCAAGAUGCAGAAGCUCUUGAGAUGGGUAGUGCCUUUGCGACCUGCACAUCUCCCAAAGACAAAGCAACCACGCGCGAGAGUAGUCUCGCCACAAGCAAUUCGUCGUCAGAUGACUUCCAAUGGAAUUUAAUUGAUUAUUCCUCUAGAAAGCGAGCUGGCGAGCACCAAUCUCGGCAGUUCGUCUCCGCAAAGAAGACGUCGUCUACCAGUUUACCACAACGAAUCAGCUCAACAAUUCCAUUUUCAUCUUACAAAGAGGCGGGCGCACAUGCUACAGAAUCCCCGACUGUCACUGUGGCGAAUGCAUACCGUCACCAGGCACGAAAAGUGUCACCUUCUAGGACUGCAACAAGUCUGACAAGCGCAGCAACGACGUGUCGCUGCGUAACUCUCACCCUGACACUUUUGGAAAAAGUACAGAGUUAUAGCAAGGUCACCAGCUUCUGUACGGCAGAAAAGUCACUGCACUCACUUAAAGGAUUAAUAUCACAGUGUCGAGGAAUAUUGAAUUGCCCAGAAUGUCGAAAUCCCACAAGGGUAAUGACAUUCUCUAUCCUAUUGGCAGAGAAGGUUGUUGGAAUACUGGAAGAUGUAGCCUCGGUCUGGGAGUCAACCACGUUGGCUUGCGGCUCAGAUGGAAACGCAGCGCAGAUCGAGGUGUAUGGCCAUGCACACCGUUGGGUCCCGAUUUCUCUUGGUCAGUAUCAUAUCGACACUGUCCAGGAGCGGUGCGAAAUAUUCGGUUUCUUGAUCCUGGCCCAGGCGAAAAACCUCGGUAGCUUACUGGAUCGUCUGAGGCUCCAUGCAGAGGAGAGGAGAUUGGAAUCGCAACAGAGCUCCCUUCAGCCGAUCGCCUUAAGGGUCCAGGAAUUGCAAGAAGCACUGAGUGGGAUGGAUAUUUAG